UGAGCUCCGUGCGACGCGUGGGUCUGGGCUGGGUGCCAUGGAUGUCAUGGACGCCUUCACCCGCUUCACCAACCAGACCCAGGGCCGGGAACGACUCUUCAGAGCUACUCAGUACACAUGCAUGUUGCUUAGAUAUUUGUUAGAGCCUAAAGCUGGCAAAGAGAAGGUGGUAAUGAAGCUCAAGAAAUUGGAGUCCAGUGUGAGCACUGGCCGUAAAUGGUUCAGACUCGGCAAUGUGGUACAUGCUGUACAGGCGACUCAGCAGAGCAUUCAUGCCACUGACCUGGUGCCCCGCUUAUGCCUAACACUAGCCAACCUGAACCGUGUGAUUUAUUUCAUCUGUGACACCAUUCUCUGGGUGAGGAGCGUAGGGCUCGCCUCUGGCAUUAACAAAGAGAAAUGGCGAAUGUGGGCUGCCCGCCAUUACUACUAUUCUCUCCUGCUGAGCCUGGUCAGGGAUCUGUAUGAAAUCUCCCUGCAGAUGGAACAGGUUGCACAUGACAAGGCAAAGGGGGAGAAAUCAUCAUCCCAGGAUCCUCUUGGGUACAGCGUGGCUGAUGAGGAAACAGAAUGGCUUCAGUCCUUUCUCUUUCUCUUAUUCCAAUCUCUGAAGAAGCAUCCUCCCUUGCUCCUGGACACGGUGAAGAACUUCUGUGAUAUCUUGAACCCUCUGGACCAGUUGGGGAUCUAUAAGUCCAAUCCUGGCAUCAUUGGACUUGGAGGUCUUGUGUCCUCUAUAGCAGGCGUCAUCACGGUGGCAUAUCCACAGAUGAAGCUAAAGACCCACUGAGGUGGUUUCAGGCUGAAGACUAGUCCCUGCUUUAACAGAUGGCCUCUUAGCAGAAUGGAUGUUUGCCUUAGGCACAGAUGGUGUCCUACUGUCCUUAAAGACUUGUUCACCUGAACACGUAGUGACCUGUGAAGUGUGCAGAGGUGGGGCCAAGAAUGGAGAAUGGGAGAGCGUGAAGAUUUAUGUAUGUUUUUUAGAGUGCUGGAGUGACUUGUGAAUUUCUGAGUAUUUUCCCUUCAUCUAACAUUUAGUGAGCAUCUCUUAUGCACGUAGUAGGAGCUUAGUGUUUGCUGAAUGAAUAAAAAUUGAAAGAAAAAAAUUGAAAAAGG